UCCCCCGGCGCCGCGGCCCGAUCGCGCCGUUCCGGGCGGCGGCCGCCAUGGCCGCGGCGGGCGGCGAGGGGCCCGGGGGGGCCGCGGCGGGCCGGGCCCUGCAGACCGCCAUGAGGGCGGCCAGCGGCGCCCUGGAGAUGGACAGCGCCGGGCGGCCGCGGGAGGCCUACGUGGAGUACCUGAAGAGCAUCACCCUCAUUGCCCAGGCCCUGCAGGAGGAGGCGGUGGGGACAGACGGCGGCGAGGGGGUCACCCCCGACACCCCGAAGAUGCUGAAGCUCGCGGAGCAGUGCCUGGAGAGGGUCAAGUCCAUCGCAGCGGCGCUGGGGAAAACCCAGGCAAAACUGGCCGCGCAGGAGCGGAGCGGGGGCCCUGCUCCCCUCCCCAGGCACCGCCGGGUCUUCUCGGACGAGGGGGGGAAGCUCUCGCCCUUCCUGCCGCCGGAGAUCUUCCAGAAGCUGCAGAUCGCUGAGGCGCAGGGUGCACGGAAGGAGCUGACGCCGCUGGAGGAGGCGUCUCUGCAGAACCAGAAGCUGAAGGCUGCCUACGAGGCGCGGGUGGCGCGGCUGAACCCCAGCCAGGCCCUGCAGAAGACCUCCCUGACGCUGUCCCUGCAGCGGCAGAUGAUGGAGAACCUGGUGAUCGCCAAGGCCCGGGAGGAGACUCUACAGCGGAAAAUGGAAGAGCGGCGUCUGCGGCUGCAGGAGGCUGCCAACAGGAGGUUCUCCAGCAGCGUGGCCCUCACCCCCGAGGAGCAGGAGCAGAGAGCUCUCUACGCCGCCAUCCUCGAGUAUGAGCAGGACCAUGACUGGCCACGGCAGUGGAAGGCCAGGCUGAAGCGGAGCCCAUCAGACCUCUCCCUGGUGUCGGGGCUCUUCUCCUGCCUCCUCAGCUUCCCUGAGCACCCCAUCGCCCAGCUCCUGCGGCAGCUGCAGUGUGCGGUGUACACCCGCCUCUACCCGGCCAUCAGCCAGGGCACCGCCGACGUCCCCCCCGCCUCCCCCACCGGCCUCUCCUUCCUCUCACUGGACGCGGGGGGCUCGCUGCCCACCGAGCCGGGGGGCCGCCGGCUCCGAGCUUCCCGCAGCCUUCACUGCAUGUUCUCGGUGCCCGAGCACGGCCCGGCCGGGCUGCGGCACAGCCUGUCCAGCACGCCCCUCGCCGAUGGCAGCCCCGGCGCCCCAAAGGUGGUGGUGGCCCCCCAGACCCCCCGGGAGAGCUCCUUUGAGGACCUGGAGCGGUUCCUGGCGUCGCCCGAGGGCUGGGCCCCCGGGGAUGGCCCCGGGCAGGAGGCAACGCUGCCGGAGCAGCUGAAGGGCGUCGUGCGGGACAUCCACAACGCCAUCGACAGGCUGCUGUCCCUGACGCUGCUGGCCUUCGAGGGGCUGAACACCGCCGCCGGCAAGGACCAGUGCCUGGCCUGCCUGGAGGAGGCCUUCUUCCCCCCGCUGUGGGCACCGCUGCUGGCCCUCUACAGGAGCGUGCACCGGUCCCGCGAGGCGACCCUGGCCCGCAGCAUGGAGCGGCACCGGCACGCUGGCCCCGCCGACAUGGGGCUGUCCUCCCGCCUCUUCCCCCCGGCCCCCGGCUGCCCGGCGUACGGCUCCGCCAUCGAGGACCUGCGCCUCAUCCCGCUGGAGACCUGUCCCCGCAGGAAGCUGGAGUGCAUCGUGCGAGCCCUGCGUGGCAUCUGCGAGUGUGCCGAGGAGUACUGCGGCGCCCGGGACGGCCGGACCCCUGCCUCUGCCACCAUCGGGGCGGAUGACCUGCUGCCCAUCCUGUCCUACGUGGUGCUGCAGACGGGGCUGCCCCAGCUGCUCUCCGAGUGCGCCGCCAUGGAGGAGUUCAUCCACGAGGGGUACCUGAUCGGGGAGGAGGGGUACUGCCUGACGUCCCUGCAGAGCGCCCUGUCCUACGUGGAGUCCCUGCAGUGAGGAGGCGGCACCGGGGGGACCCUGUCCCCGCCACCCGGGGCCACAGG